UUUUUCUUCUAUCUUUUAUUUAAGUCAGUUUAGAACAAAUUCUUAUUUUCAAUGACGACCUGGGUUAACUGCCUUGUUCAGGGGCAGAACGACAGAUGUUUACCUUGUCAGCUCUGGGAUUCGAUCUAGCAACCUUUCGGUUACUUGUCCAACGCUCUAACCACUACAUCUAAUCACUAACCACUACCUGCCGCCCCACAAUUAGCAAGCUAACAUAAAAAUGAAUGGGACAUUCCAUGGAAACCAUCUUGCGAUCCAUCUUACUGCGGUUUGAACUGCCUAUUGAAUCCUGGAACAGAGCCAUGGCUUUAAAGGUGAUCAAGAGGCUUCAACUUCUCAGGCAGACAGGGGCACACCUCUGUCCUCCAGGCGAGCUGAGUCGCACCAGGCUCCUGAGUAUUCCGAUAGGGGAGCCCAUGUGUGUGGCAUGUCUAUGGACCUCAGCGGACCGCUGUAUCCAGAGGCAGGGCUGUCGGAAACUCAGUCAGCCAGACUGUGGGAGGAUGAGUUUGUCCACCAUUACCAAGGACCCUUUCUACACCACUGGGUCAGUCAGCCUCCACAAAGACUCAGUCCCCAGGUUCCGUCUGAGUCAGCUGCACCGGCCCACUGAUGCAGAGGAGAAGGCCUUCCAUGACCGCCUGGUUAGCUGCUCUUCCUCCAGACAGGUGCUGAGACUCCUCCGCACGGUGGAGAUUAUGUCUGACACCAUGGCAGCUGCAGCCCUGCACCGCGUGGCUGACAUAGAGCAGGAUGGCAUCUCCCUGAAGGACCCCAAAGUGCUGGAAGAGGACACUCUCAGGGCCCUGUGCUGCCAGCUGGAGCGGGACUCUGGGCGUCUGACGGAGGCCGGGUUGGUUUCUGCCCUGCUGGCCUGCACACGCCUCUAUGUGGACCCCUGGAGCACGCUGGUGGUUCGGCUGGUGUCAGAGAGCCAGGAGCGGCUGGACAGGGGCCAGAUGAGCGUGGGCCAGCUGUGCACCCUGGGCCAGGCCCUGCUGGCCCUGGAGGGCCCUGGCUGUGGGAUGCUGGAGCAGCUGAUGGUGCAGUUACAGAGGCAGGGGCCUGGUCAGUGGAGCCUGGUAGAACUCACUGCAGUAUACAGACUGCUGCAGGCUGGAGUAGGGGAGGAGGGUCGCUACCAGGACCUCUUAAACGCUAUGCACACCUACACUGUGUCAGUCACCUCACGUAUGGACCCCCCUGCUAUCAGCAGCGUGCUUAGUGCUUUGGUGGUCCUGAACCAGACCCAGGCCAUGCCCCUGGUUAUUAGCCUCUGUAAGCAGGCGGUCAGGCACAUACCCAACUUCAGAGACGAGGAGCUGGGUCUAGUGCUCGGGGCGCUCAUGCACUUUGGCCACAGCGACCACUUCUUGGUGGAGGCUAUGGAGAGGCAUGUGCCCAAGAUGACGUUCACGUCCCACCCAGAGACAGUGACCAAGGUGAUGCAGUAUUUUGGGCGUCGGAACAUCCUGUCGCUGCCAGUGUUUGACGCGGUGGCAGAGAGCUUUGUGUACCGGGCAGACGAAUACAGCACCAGCCAAGUGGCCAGGCAGAUCAUGCCGUUCGGGAAGCUGGGCUACCUGCCGCCCAACGCCGGGGAGGUGUUCCGGAAGGUGGAGGCCAUCCUGCACGCGCGCUUCUCUCACUUCCAGCCCCGGACACUCCUCAACCUGCUGCACUCCUGCAUCCUGGUAGAGCGGUUCCCUGUCAACUUUGUGUCCAAGGUCUUCAACCGCUACUUCCUCCAGCAACUACAAGAGCAAGGCUCAGGGGUUGACCGGAUUGUUCUGGCACAACUGACCCAACUCUACAUGACUGUGAAGCUUGAAUGCCCUUUCUAUGAGGGUCCGAGGCUCCUUCCUAAGUACCGUGUCAAGUCUUUCCUAACUCCUGGUCGGUCUCUGGAGACGCCGGUUGACGGACACCUCUACAACUAUGUGAAAACUGGCCUGGUGGAUCUACUAGGGGCCCGCACCUACUUCGCUUCCAGAGUCCUCACUCCAUACUGCUACACGCUAGAUGUGGAAAUAAAGCUUGACGAGGAAGGAUAUGUAUUGCCUGCCAGUCAAAUCGAUGAUAUCUACAAGAGGAUAGCAGUGUGCAUCGACGGCCACAAGAGGUUCACUGUGAACACAAGACAGCUGCUAGGGAAAGAGGCCAUCAAGCAGCGGCACCUGAGGCUUCUGGGAUACGAAGUUGUUCAGAUUCCUUACUAUGAAUUUGAAAAUCUUUGGAACAAGACUGAGGUUGUUGAAUACCUUCACAAGAAGAUCUUCCUCAGCUAUAGGCUCAGUUGGUGAUGACCGUCUCAAACAAGGGCUUUGUUGCUGGGGUUGUCAUAAAACUAUACCGUUUGGGCACUGUGUUUUUGUAAGGGUCUGUAUCAGGGCUCUCCA